CGGAAGGUUCCACUCACUGCAGAGGGGGUUCUUAUGCAUGUACUAGGAGUCUGAUGUUCAUUAUAACAGAAUUUCAGGGUACAGGACGGUUUACCAGAACGGUGUAGCAUACAUGAGGGGUGGGGUUCAGCUACACYAAAAGCCCUAACACGGGCAGAUAGAGGGAGAGAGAGAAGUGGAGGAAGAGAAAGUACCUGAAGAGGAAUACAACAAGGGAUGAAAGGAGACACCCCAGUGAACAGCACCAUGAGUGUCGGCCACGCCAGGAAGCUGGUGGAGCAAUUGAAGAUUGAAGCCAGCUUUUGCAGGAUCAAGGUAUCAAAGGCGGCUGCAGACCUGAUGGCAUACUGUGAUACCCACGCCAUUGAGGACCCCCUCAUCACCCCUGUGCCCACCUCGGAGAACCCAUUCAGGGAGAAGAAGCUCUUCUGUGCACUCCUUUGAGACAAGCCACAGGAUGGUUGUGAAAAACAAUGUCCAGACAAAAAUUUACAUUUACAUAAACAAUACGUAACCAUUAACAUAUAAGGAGUCAUGAUGAUAGCCUUUCAAAACAAAUACACAUCUAAAACACACCAACAAAGCUAACAGAAUCUUGAACCGAAGAAAAACAUACAAGUGGAUAUACUGUAAAUACAUUAUGCAACAUUAAAUAGCUAAUUUCUCAAAUCAACUCAAUAGGCAAGAUGGAUGAUGGAGAGGGGUGACAACACAAAUUGGAAUUAUUUGGAACUUUUAAUACACACUUCAUGGUAAAUAUCCAUUGCCUGCCCUAAUCAGCCUUUGUUAAAUAGUUUGUCUGCGAUAGACAGUCCUGGAUGUCACUUUUUUAAGCGUUGUUGCAGAAAUUUAGGUGCCACUGGAUCAGUAAUUGAAUCUUCAUUUAACUAGGCAAGUCAGUUAAGAACAAAUUCYUAUUUACAAUGGCGGCCUACAACGGCCAACGCUGGGUGAAUUGUGCGCCGCCCUAUGGGACUCCCAAUCACAGCCGGUUGUGAUACAGCCUGGAUAAAUGAUAAAAGCGGUUUAACUUGUCAAGUGGGUGCCUAAUAAUAAAUAAGUUAUGCCUUUAUGACAAUAACAUUAACUAAGAGGUACAUUUCAUAAAUUGUUCUUCAUUUCGAGACCAGUCUUUAAGGUUGCUUAGGAAUAUUAUCACUCUUCAGAUCAGUGUUACAAUGUAGACCUUCACUGUUUAUAUUUCUUAAAAAUAAAGAGCUCUGAAUAAAAGGAGACAUGGU